AAAAAUAUAGUAUUAUUAAUCAAAUACAUUUGUUAAAUACAAAAAUAUCUACUAAGAUUUUUAUUAAUGUCUUAAAUAGUUCAAAUCUAAGAAUUAAUUGAAUAGCUAGUUUCAGUUAGUCAAAAGUAGCACCUUUAACCAGAGCUCAAUGUCAUCAUAGAACAGUUAUCAUAGACUGUAUUACACCGCUCUUAGCAAAGGCGUAAAAAAUCAGUUUGCUAUUCUUUUGCUGAUAUGAUCGAAUUCGAUAGGGCUCUUGUCAAUUUUGAGGCUGUUUCCGAGUAACUAGGUGACUUAGAUGUUGCAAAAUUAACUUAAACCACAUUGAUAAUCUUUGAGAUGAUGAAAAUGAUUAUGGAAUAAGCUGCUACUACUAAAAAGCCCUUCCAAAAUUAAGUUUAGAGUGUUAACUAAAUUCUAAAUAACAAAAUCUAAUCUAUCUCCAAGAAUUUCCCUAAUCACUUAGCUCAUACUAAGACAAUAUAAGAUGGUCUCUCAUCAGUAUACUGGGUUUUUAGUGAAAAUCCUAAGACUAGCAUAGAUACUGCUAUUGAAAAUACUGCUUACGGAUAUAACAAAUUGAAAUAACAUGGUAACGAGCUUCUUUCCUAAUGGGGAGCAUACUUUAACAAAGCACUUAAAGCUCUCAGUGAUUAUGUUCAAUAACAUUAUGCUCAUGGUUUAAUCUGGAACAGUAAGGGUGAAGGAGACUUCUCAGAGUUAGUUAGCCAUUUGAGAGCAGAAAUUAGAGUUACAUUAGAUAGAUAAUUAGUAGAUUUAUCAUAAAAUCCAGACACAGUUACUCCUCUUUAAUAGAAACCUUCAUAAAGCUAACCAACUUAGGUUAAAGAAACAAGCCAAUAAACUUAAGUGUAAGCUUAGACUCAACUCCCUCCUCCUCCGUAACCUGUUCAAUAAUAGCAACCAACUGUAGUAGAACCAGUUAUUUAAUAAUAAUAGCAACCCUAAGCACCAGUAUAAGUUUAAGCACCCGUAAUAUAAUAAACUUAAGCUCCUUCUGUGUAGCCUUAAGUUCAUGCAUAAAAGUAAUAAUUCUAAUCUCACUACCCUACAAUGACAGAAUUUGACCAACAUGUGAAAGACUACCUAUCUGCAGGAGAAAAAUUGGAUUCUGAGCUCUAAGAAUUAACAUAACUCACUGUAAAAGCUUUUGAGUAGAUGAAGAUUGUCAUGCAAUUUUCAAAAUAUCUCAAAAAACCAUAACAAGAUAACAUAAAAUAAAUUUCAAGUAUCUUAAAUGAUAAAGUUUUUAAGCCAAUCAACUCUGCAAAGGCAGGAAUUAAAUAUCCUAACCACUUAAAAACUGUAAUUUAAGGUAUCUCUGCUGUUAACUGGGUCAUUUGUGACACUCCUAAAAUAUAUAUUGACAACGGUAUAGAAUCUUCAGAAUUCUAUGGAAACAAAAUUUUGCUCAUGAAAGUACCAGAGCACACUGCUUGGAAUAAUGCUUUUAAGGCAGUAUUAAAGUCUCUUUUACCAUAUGUUUUAACUAACUACUCUACUGGUUUACUAUGGAAUUUCCAAGGAACUGAUGAUUACUCUGAAUUAUAUUCAGUUUUAAAAGGUGAAAAAUAGUUAGAAGAUGUUAUUGCUUCUAAGAGCGGAGCUCAAUAAACACAAUCUCAUGUACCCGUUUUAUAAAGUGCACCUUAACCUUAAUCAGAUGCUUAUCCUCCUAUGACUGAAUUUGAAAAACAUUUAUCUGAUUUCAAGGCUGCCUAUCAAAAUUUAGACCCUUUAAUUAAGGAAUUAUCAGAUUUUAUUGUCUAAUCUUUUGAAUCUAUGUAAACAGUUAUGACUUUUGCUAAAAAACUCAAAAAGCCAUAACCAGAAAAUGUUAAACAAAUAUAAACAAUUUUAAAUGAUAAAAUAUUUAAACCUAUGAAUGCCAGUAAAGCAGGAAUUUCAUUCCCUAACCACUUUAAAACUGCACUUUAAGGUAUUUCAGCUGUCCUUUGGGUCAUUAGUGAAACACCUAAGCUUUCAUUGGAUAAUGGUAUUGAAUCAUCAGAAUUCUAUGGAAAUAAAAUCCUACUUAUGAAACAACCUGAGCACACAGCUUGGUAUAACACUUUUAAGGCUUCUCUUAAAUCUCUCGUUCCAUAUGUUUUAAUGAAUUUCAGUACUGGUCUAUUGUGGAAUUUCCAUGGUACAGAUGAUUACAGCGAGUUGUACUCAAUUCUUAAAGGUGAAAAAAAAGUUGAAUAACCUACUUAAGUUACUAACAUACCUCCUCCUCCUAUUGGCAUGCCACCACCUCCCCCUCCUCCUAUGCUUAAUAUUGAACAAAUUAAAUUAGAAGAUUUCAAAGGCUCUAACGAAGAAUCAGGUGAAUCAAGAACUGCUCUUUUAAGUGCUCUUAAUGUAGGAGAAGAUGCUAUUAAAGCUCAUUUGAAGCAUGUUAAAAAAGGUGAAAAGUAUGAAAAGAAAUCUACAUAAGCUCCAACUAAUGCAGCUCCUAGCUCUAACACAAUAAAGAAAGAAACAUAAUAAUAAGUAAAAGAACCUAAAAAAUAUCAAAAAGAUAACUGGUUUGUGGAAAAUUAUGUAAAUGAAAGAAUUUAAUUUGAUGAAGGAGAAAUUUCUCUUAAAUAAUCUUUGUUUAUUGAAGGCUGCAAUAAUUCCACAAUUAUUGUGAAGGGCAAGGUUAAAUCUGUUUUCGUUAAUAAAUGCAAGAAAACAAAAGUUUUGGUUACUGUAAUUAUUAUAUAUUAAUAUAGAAGCAUUAUAAUAAACAUUAUAAUUUAAAUUAAAAGAAUGCAGUAUCUGGUGUUGAAACAGUUGAUUGCUAAUCUUGUGAAGUUUAUAUUGCUGAAGGAGUUCCUUCUAUAUAAAUUGACAAGAGUGACACAAUCCGUGUUAUCUUUUUAAAGAGCAAGAUUUGCGAUAUUGUCACUUCAAAGAGUAGCGGUAUUAAUGUUACUUAUGCUCUUAAUGAAGAAGGAGAUAUGGAGAAAGACACACCUAUACCUGAAUAAUUCAUAACAAAAUGGGACAGCGAUAAAAAUACUUUUGUUACUGUAACUUUAGACACAUUCCUAUGAUUAAAAUAUAUUAUAUAAUUUAAAAUAUUAAAAUAAGAAUUUAGUAUGUUUCCAUUUUAAAUUUUAUAGUAGCUGCUUUUUAUUGUAAAAAUCAAUAUUAAUCUAAUUAAUUAUUCUAUAAAUAAUAUAAAAUUUUCAUUUAAUAAUAAGACUUUCAUCAAAAUAUUUCAUAAAAUUCAUCAAUUUAAUUAAAAUAUUAUUUUUUUAAUUAAAUAUAUAUUUAUAAAAGUACAUAUUAAAAUUUUAUCACUUAAGAAAGAAAAAAUAAAAAUAUAACUAUGCAGUUUAAUUUGCACAAGUUUGGCUAUUACUUGGUUUAUUAUCUAUACAAAAUAAAACAUAAUAAAAUUUAAAAUUAUUCUUUUAAAAAAAAGAAAUAUAUAAAAACACUAAAUUUUUUUGA